CAGGCGUCUCUCGUCACUCGGAGUGCGCUACGCCCCUAGCGCGUCUAGCACCCACUUCCGGGCAUAGGAGCGCUGUGACGUCAGGAAGGGGGCAGAUCGGCUUCAUUGAGGGUGAGGACCUGUAGGCAGCUCCCAAGAUGGGUGAAAGGAAAGGAGUAAACAAGUACUACCCUCCAGAUUUCAAUCCUGAAAAGCAUGGCUCUCUCAACCGGUACCACCAUAGCCACCCGCUGCGGGAGCGGGCUCGGAAGCUGUCCCAGGGCAUCCUCGUCAUCAGGUUCGAGAUGCCGUAUAACAUCUGGUGUGACGGCUGCAAGAACCACAUCGGCAUGGGUGUUCGUUACAACGCAGAAAAGAAGAAAGUUGGCAAUUACUACACAACCCCAAUCUACAGAUUCCGGAUGAAAUGCCACCUCUGCAUCAACUACAUUGAGAUGCAGACAGACCCUGCCAAUUGUGACUAUGUGAUUGUGAGUGGCGCCCAGCGCAAGGAAGAGCGCUGGGACAUGGCAGACAACGAGCAGGUGCUGACGACAGAGCACGAGAAGAAGCAGAAGCUGGAGACAGAUGCCAUGUUCCGCCUGGAGCAUGGUGAGGCUGACCGAAGCACACUCAAGAAAGCCCUUCCCACCCUGAGCCACAUCCAGGAGGCACAGAGCGCCUGGAAGGACGAUUUCGCCCUCAACAGCAUGCUGCGGAAAAGGUUCCGGGAAAAGAAAAAAGCCCUGCAGGAGGAGGAAGAGAGGGACCAGGCACUGCAGGCUAAGGCGAGCUUGGCCAUCCCGCUGGUGCCAGAGACAGAGGACGACCGCAGGCUGGCCGCCUUGCUCAAGUUCCAUACCCUGGACUCAUAUGAGGACAAGCAGAAACUCAAGCGGACAGAGAUCGUCAGCCGCUCCUGGUUUCCAUCAGCCUCAGGACCCAGCAGCAGCAGCAGCAGCAAAGCUGGCAGCGUCCUGAAGAAGCUGGCCCAGAACCGCAGAUCUGCAACCACCGGCUCUCCCAUCACCGUGGGGGACCUGGGUAUUGUGCGAAGGCAGUCCCGGGAGAUCUCAGAGAACCCGCAGUGCCUGGCUGAGACCUCCAAGUUUGGGGAGCCCCAGGUGUCAGAGGGCACCACCCAGGACAGGCCCAUAUCCCCCCAAGACUGCUCUUGGGAGACAGUCAAGACCACCAAUACAAGGGGACCUCAAGGGCAGGAUGGGAGCUGUCAGGACAGGCCGAGGUCCUCUUCAGGCUCCUCCCAGGAGACACCUGUCCCUCAGGAUGUGCCAUACCCCUGCCUCGGCUCCUCCCUCGUGGCUGAUUACUCAGACUCAGAGAGUGAGUGAUUGUGAGGACUGAAUGCCUCCAGAGGCUGAGGCACACCCAGGAAGCCCCUCACAGACUUCAGCCCCACUGGACCACCAGCUAUCCGAGAGCUCAGAUGUCACCCCCUCCCUAGACCUCGCCUUCCUGCACUGAUGGAAUUAUUUAUUUGGUCCUGGAGAGGGUGUAUGUGCCUUGUAGGACCCCCACCCCAACAUUAAAGCCCUGCUUCUUUGCC